GAUGAAUUUUAGUAGUUGACUUUAAGGCUUCUCAAGGUUGAAAUUCCAAACUUUAAAAGGGGUAGCAAGCAGUGGAGUGCAAGCAAAGAGGAACAAGAUUGUCUUCUACCUUCAAACAGCUUUACAGUUACAGUACUUUGAUACCUGGCGGGAACUUACAAAAUUCCGUUGCCUCAGGAAGGGUUUAACGGUCAUCAAUGGCAGAUUCGCCCAGGGGCUCUUCCAGCUUCUGGACUCAGGCUAAUGCUCUGCUUCGCAAAAAUUUGACUUUCCAGAAACGAAAUGUAAAGACAAAUGUGCGGCUCAUCUUAUUCCCAUUUUUCGUCUGUGUGGUGCUUGUUGUUAUCCAAGUAGUAAUCGAUAAAGAAUUGGAUAAGCCAAAAAAUAAGUGUGGUUGCAUUUGUACUAAGAGAGAUGGGAAUCAAUGUCUGGAGGAAGCCUGUGGAGUUGAGUACUCAGACACAGAUCAAGUUGCAACUUGUGCAAUUCCUAAUCCUCCAGAAUGGCCUCCAUUGUUACAAGUGCCUGCUCCCCAAUAUCGAGCCGUACAAGCCGAUAUUAUUCCAUUCUCAGAUUUGCCAAAUGAUUCUUGCAGGAGGACAGGGUCAUGUCCUGUAACUUUUCUCUUCACUGGCAGUAAUCAGUCUUUUGGAGAAACUUUGUUUGGAAAUAUGUUUAAAAGUCCCUUUAGUGUGAAUACCUCUGAUAUCGUGGAUAGUUUGGCAAGAAAUGUCCUGGGAUCAGAAUCAAUGCCACAAAACCAAAAUUUUCUUGAACCAGCUUUCUUUUCGGGUCUUCCCAUUUACUAUCUGCAAACUCAGUGCAUACAGAACUCUACAUUCUCUGUUCCAAUCCAGAUAUCAACCAAUACCAUCCAGCAAGAGAUUAGAUGUGCUCAAGGUAUACACUUAUGGCGAAAUAAUUCUUCUGAGGUGAACAAUGAGCUAUUUAAAGGUUAUCGAAAAGGGAACCCUGAGAGACAGAUCAAUGAGAUAGCUGCAGCCUUUGAUUUUCUAAAUUCAAGUGUGAAUAGCUUCAAUGUCAUCACAUGGUACAACUCAACCUAUAAGAAUGACACCGGUUUCGGGCCAAUUGCAUUGGCACGAAUUCCCCGUUUAGUAAAUUUGGUAUCAAAUGCCUUCCUUCAGUUUCUACAGGGUCCAGGUACUGAGAUGUUAUUUGAGUUUGUAAAGGAAAUGCCAAAACCUGAGACUCCCUUGAGAAUUGACGUAGCUUCUCUUCUGGGCUCCCUCUUCUUUACUUGGGUCUUCCUGCAACUUUUCCCUGUAUUUUUGACAUCACUAGUAUAUGAGAAGGAAAAGAAACUCAGAAUAAUGAUGAAGAUGCAUGGUCUUGGUGAUGGGCCAUAUUGGAUGAUAUCUUAUGGCUAUUUUUUUUCCCUAUCAGUGCUCUAUGUGCUAUGCUUUGUGAUAUUUGGCUCACUCAUAGGGUUAAAAUUCUUUACAUUGAAUGACUACAGCAUCCAAUUGGUUUUUUAUUUCAUCUUUAUAAACUUGCAAAUUUCACUGGCAUUUCUUGUGGCCGCCACGUUUUCAAAUGUUAAGACAGCUACAGUAAUUGCAUAUAUUGGUGUCUUUGCAUCUGGGCUUUUAGGUGGAUUUCUUUUCAACUUUUUUCUUGAAGAUAAAUCAUUUCCAAGAGGGUGGAUAGUUGUUUUAGAGUUGUAUCCCGGGUUUGCAUUAUAUCGUGGACUCUAUGAGUUGGCAUCAUAUGCCUUUGAAGCAAAUGCUACAGGAAACCAUGCAAUGCGAUGGGGAGAUCUGAAUGAUAGCGUAAAUGGCAUGAGAGAGGUCUUAAUUAUCAUGUUUAUCGAGUGGUUUGUAGUGCUUGUUGUUGCUUAUUACAUUGAUCAAGUAUUAGGAAGUCGCAAAAGUCCACUUUUUUUCUUGAAAAGAUUUCAGAAAAAGCCUUUGUCAUCAUUCCGGAAACCUAGUAUUCAAAGGCAGGGGUCAAAAGUCUUUGUUCAGAUGGAGAAAUCUGAUGUCAGUCAAGAGAGGGAAAAGGUUGAGCAGCUGCUACUUGAACCAACUAUGAAUCAUGCAAUUGUAUGUGACAACCUAAAAAAGGUGUAUCCAGGGAGAGAUGGAAACCCAGAGAAAUAUGCAGUGAGAGGCUUAUCUCUUGCUUUGCCUGAAGGGGAAUGUUUUGGUAUGCUUGGCCCCAAUGGUGCUGGGAAGACCUCAUUUAUCAAUAUGAUGAUUGGUCUCACGAAGCCAACCUCUGGUGCAGCACUUGUUCAAGGUCUGAACAUAAGAACUCAAAUGGAUGAAAUAUAUACUAGCAUGGGUGUAUGUCCACAGCAUGACUUGCUGUGGGAAACUCUAACUGGAAGAGAACACCUGCUCUUCUAUGGCAGACUUAAAAAUCUUAAAGGCUCGGCCUUAACACAAGCAGUGGAAGAAUCUCUGAAAAGUGUAAACCUUUUCCAUGGAGGAGUUGCUGAUAAAAAAGCUGGAAAGUACAGUGGAGGAAUGAAGAGGAGGCUUAGUGUUGCAAUUUCAUUGAUCGGAGAUCCCAAAGUCGUUUAUAUGGAUGAACCAAGUACUGGAUUAGACCCUGCGUCAAGAAACAAUUUAUGGAAUGUUGUCAAGCGUGCAAAGCAGAAUCGGGCAAUCAUACUAACCACUCAUUCCAUGGAAGAGGCAGAGGUGUUAUGUGACCGAAUAGGAAUAUUCGUAGAUGGGAGCUGGCAGUGCAUAGGGAAUCCAAAAGAGCUAAAAGCAAGAUAUGGAGGAAGCUAUGUGUUCACAAUGACAACAUCUGUAGAUCAUGAGAAUGAAGUGGAAAACUUGGUGCACAGGCUGUCCCCAAAUGCUAGCAAGACAUACCAUAUCUCUGGAACCCAGAAAUUUGAGCUGCCAAAAGAAGAGGUCAGAAUAGCAGAUGUCUUUCGGGCUGUUGGCAUUGCAAAGAGAGACUUCACAGUAUUUGCAUGGGGUUUAACGGACACCACAAUGGAAGAUGUCUUCAUUAAGGUUUCACGUGAGGCUCAUGCAUUCAACUCUUUGUCAUAAUUGCUAUGCAUAGUGCCCCGAUCGAAAAUUCCAUGGUAGACAUGGUCUAUAACAAGUAGAUGGGUCAGACUAAUCAUGAAUAGAGAGAUAUACGCAUGUCACGCACACUUUUUAAGUGGAUUCACAUGCAUCUAUAUCUAUUUGUGAUUGAUUUGGUUUACUUAUCUUUUAUAUAGGCUGAGUGCACCCGAGGAACCCUUUAUCUUGAUAUUUAUGACUUUCUGUAGGUCAAGUACUUUAAUGUUUUGUUUUAUAGGUCCCUAUUAAUUUGACAUUGAAAGUUUGUAUAUGUGAUAUGGUUUUGGAUUAA